CAGAAAAGCUUAUCUCCAUUUUAUUAUCCCGCGUUGACUGUCUCUAAGUCUAUUGACUCUCUCUCUCUCUCUCUCUAUUAAAUACUUCAACUCCAAAUAGAAAAGAUCAACCCCAAAGUGUUUUUCUCAACUUUUCUUUAGUAGCAAUCCUCUUUCAUUGUUUUCUUUUGUUUGUUUAAUCAAAUCAAGAAUCAUGUACUCAACAAACCCAUCUUCUUAUGAGAAAUUCUCCGGCAGCCCCCCACCACCACCAUCACCGCCUUUGUUUAGUCAAGACAGCACCACAACAGGGAUUCCGGUGAGCUCAUCAGAUCAAUAUUACACCACUACUGACAAUUCUACUUCCUAUCUUGAAUCCAAGAAUAAGGACCCUUGGUCCUCAGGCUUAUGUGACUGCUUCUCCGAUCCUCGCAACUGCUGUAUGACAUUUUGGUGCCCUUGUGUUACUUUUGGACAAAUUGCUGAGAUUGUUGACAAGGGUUCCUCGGCUUGCGGUGUUAAUGGAGCACUUUACACGCUAAUUGCAUGUGUGAAUGGAUGUGCUUGUUGCUACUCGUGCUUUUAUCGCGCAAAAAUGAGGCAGCAAUACUCUUUAAAGGAAAGCCCUUGUGGGGAUUGUUUGGUUCAUUGCUUCUGCGAGUACUGUGCCUUGUGCCAAGAAUACCGCGAGCUCAAAGGCCGGGGAUAUGACUUGUCUAUAGGAUGGCAUGGCAAUGUGGAAAAGAAGAACCGUAGCUUGGAAAUGGCUUCAGUGGCACCGACGGUUGAAGGAGGCAUGAGCCGAUAGAGUUGGGAGAUUUGAGACCUGUUUGUGCUUGGUGAACUAGUAUAUACAUGACAGAUUCAAGCUAUGAAAGAAGGGUGACAUAGUCAUAUAUCCAUAACUACUUGAAUGCAUGUAAUCUAACAGCUGAAUUUUCACUGUGUGGUAUAGAGUUUUCAAUUGGAAUAGAAACUUUAAAAAUAGAAUUAAUAUGGGAAUGGGGAUAAAGACGAGAGGGCCAUCUCAUGUCUUUGUAAUUUAAUAAUAAUGUAGAGUCAUUUAGACGUAAAAGGUGUAAUAAGUAGUUUUAUUAAACUCUUUUACAUUAUUAAUGCUCUUGGCUUUCUUCA